AAGAUUUUCAAGGAUGCCUUUGUAUUUUUCCUCUAUAAUAAUAAUGAAGUCGAUAGUAAAGCACAAAGGAACAAGAAAACAUGAAAAUGGGGUUGAAUUUGCUCUCUUCAUUUACUGGAUUUAUUAAAGGUUCAAGAUGGAGACACCAUUCCAAGUGCAAGAAGCUAAUCAAACAGCUUAAGGCACGUUUAGUGAUACAAAGGAACAGGAGAAAUGCAAUUAUAAAACAAAUACGUGAAGAUAUUGCUCAACUUCUUCAGAAUGGGCACUAUCAUCUAGCUUUUUCCAGAGUUGAUCAACUUUAUGGAGAUGAGUGCAGGUUAUCUGCAUACAAUAAACUUGACAAUUUUUGCAACUGUAUCUCUCUAAACCUCCGUGAUAUUAGCAGGAAUAGCAAGUUGCCUGAUGAUGUUAAUGAGGCAUUAUCUAGUAUGAUAUUUGCAGCGUCGAGAUGUGGCGAAUUGCCAGAGCUACAUUCACUCAGGAAUCUAUUUAAACAACAUUUUGGUCAAGCAUUUGAUCAACUCAAUGUUGAACUGCUUCCAGGUAACGCAGUUAACUCAGAGACCAAGCAGUAUCUCACACAUGUCACAAAGCUAAAAGAACACAAAAAGCUCCAAAUCAUGGAUGAAAAUUUCAGCAGCUAUAAAAGUCCUAAAGAUGACUCAUGGGUUGAAAGCUUAAAUUGUGAGAUUUAUACCUCAAAGAGAACCAGAUGCAAUAAAGCUGUGAUUGAGGAAAAUGGAAUCAGCUUUGAAGUAGAAGAACAAUCGCCUCGUGUAUCACAAUCACCUCAUGUCCAUCCGAAGCUUCCGGACUAUGAUAAUUUAGUUGCCAAAUUUAGAGAUCUAAAAGGAGAGUAUAUGUAUAAGAAUUUAAAUCAUCGAUCCUUUUCUAAAUGGAUGAGGUGGUAGUAUUUUUUUGAUUGUGAGUUGUAUGUAAAUUGUUGAAAGUGCAUUUAGCCUUUACUUGAGAAA